CAAACAGUGUGUAUCCUCAAGGAGCUUGACUUAUGCUGAAUUUCCUACCAAGUUCACGUGGAAAGCCAAAACAAGAGAGUGGGUACCAAGACAAAGAAGCACCACAAUCGGAAGACUAUACUUCAUGCGACCUGGAGCCGGAGAGAAAUAUUAUUUAAGGAUGCUCCUUGGUGUCGUGAAGGAGGAUAGGAGUUUUAAAGAACUCAGGACAAUUGAUGGAGUCGUACACUCGACGUUCAGAGAAGCUUGUUGUGCCCGUAGUAUGUUAAAUGACGAUAAAGAUUAUAUAGAUGGACUCAGAACAAAGCCAUUGGGCAACGGGGCAUGAGCUUCGCAUCACAUUUGUUCAUCUCUUACUACAAGAGUCGUUAUCUAUGCCUAAUAUGGCUUGGGAGAAGUGUUGGCCCUAUCUAUCUGAUCUAUUAGGAAGAAUCUCAAUAAUCAAGGAAUGCUUUGGCGGAGGAAGAUGCUAAAUUUAUUUUCACCGUGACGGAGGAUCAAAAGCGUGUUUACGAGACAAUAGUGAGUACACAUAUUUGUACGGGCACAGUGGUACAGGGAAAACAUAUUUGUGGAAGACCUUAUCAGCAUAUGUAAGGCAUCAAGGAAAUAUUGUGUUGAACGUAACUUCAAGUGCGAUCACAUCAUUGUUCCAAGUGGAAGAACGACACAUUCCAGGUUUAAAAUCUCACUCACAGCAGCAUAAGAUUCAACUUGCAACAUAAAACCAGGAAAUGCGCUUGCGAAGCUAAUUCAAAUGACAAAAUUGAUAAUUUGGGACGAGGCACCAUGACCAAUAAGUACUGCUAUGAAGCUCUUGAUCGGACUAUGCGUGAUAUUCUUCAACAUUCAUACGGUUGUGAUGGAAUGAGACCUUUUGGUGGAAAGACAGUUGUCUUUGGCGAAGACUUUAGACAGAUUUUACCAGUUAUUUCAAAGGGUAGCAGGCAAGAUAAAGUAUAGGCAACUUUAAACUCAUCCUUCAUUUGGCCAUUUUGCAAUGUGCUAAGGCUAACGAAGAACAUGAGAGUGCGAAGUGGAUCAGAUGAUCUUAAUUCUGCAUACAUACAGAGAUUCAUUGAUUGUAUAUUGAAGAUAGGGGACGGGGUUCUGGGUUAAAAUGACGAUGGAGAAUCAUAUAUUGACAUACCCGAAGUUUGUACGGGUACAUACAGUUUUAGGUAGGCACCAUAAAAUUUUCCAAACAAUAAUGAAAGAAAAGAACCAAGCGAUCUUAUCUACGGAGUAUUAGAAACCACCCGACAAAGUGGGUGAUAUAUUUGAAUAAAGGGAAAAGGUGCAAAUAGCCCCAUGUACUAACCAAAAAAGGUCAAAUAAGCCUAAUUUAGGAGGCUUUGUCCGGCCGUCGCCAUUUGGAGUGGUUCUCGGUGGCGUUUUUUGAUGAAAUUUUUUGAGCAUCUUAUUCAUUAAGUCUAGUUUCCUCAUACCAAAUUUCAGCUAAAACUUCAAUCGGGAAGGCAUUCAAAUGAAUUCUUGAAAAUAACUGCGCAGUUAGAAGCGCAGUUAUCUUCAAGAAUUCAUUUGAAUGCCUUCCCGAUUGAAGUUUUAGCUGAAAUUUGGUAUGAGCAAACUAGACUUGAUGAAUAAGAUGUUCAAAAAAUUUCAUCAAAAAAUUCCACCGGGAACCGCCUCAAAUGAUGACGGUCAGACAGAACUCCCUAAAUAAGAGCUUAUUUGACCUUUUUUUAUUAGUACAUGGUCUAUUUGCACCUUUUCCCUUGAAUAAAUGAAUGAAUAUAGGCAACAACUUUUACCGUUUCAAUUGAUAAUUGGAUAUAUAUAAAUGCCAAGCGAAUCGGGAGGCUGCUAUCAAGUCCACGCCGCACUCAGCUCCAUCGCUCCUCUACUAUCCGGCCGCUACCUGUAUGUAUACUACGUAUCAUUUGCUCCAUUACUCACAUCAAACUGAAGCAGCAUUUCCACUAUCACAUUCAUCUAAUCAUCACUCUCAAGAGAUCAGAUCGAUCCAAAUGGAGUUUUGUAAUCAUCACUUCAUAGUUCCCAACUUCCCAUCUCCAUCAUCAUCACCGCUUUAGCCAUUACCAUUAGAGAAACGGCAUCCCAAACUCUUCUCAAUGGUACUAAUGUGGCCGAAACCCCGACACCCCAAGGUGCCGGAUAUUUCGUGGCGAAACCCCCCAGGCGCGCCGGGUCACCGAAAUCGGCCAUCGGUUCACAGAAGUCCGCUGUCAUCAAUCAAUUCGUUGACGGGGCGUACGCGGAGGCAUACUGCGAGAUGGAGCACUCGGAGGUUUGUUUUCCAAAGGAGGUUUGGCAACAUACAAUCUUUUCAAGUUUUCAUGGCAAGGUUGGCAUGUACCAUGUAUUCCAUUAGUUCUACAUUCCGAUGAAUAGACACUCCUCAUCCAGCUUGUGAAUCAUAAGGGGAGUCAGCACAUUCGCCAAUGAUGUCAAUAUGUGUAUUUUAUCUUUAUUAAAAAAUUCUUGUUCCCAACUAUUGAGAAGCGAAAAGUGUGA